CCAUGAGUUCUGCCUCGCGGACGCACGGAGGAACGGCGGCGGCCGAAAUGGAGGCUGAAGAUUUAAGUAGCAGAGAAUUGACAAUUGAUUCUAUAAUGAACAAAGUGAGAGAUAUUAAAAAUAAAUUUAAAAAUGAAGACCUUACUGAUGAACUAAGCUUGAGUAAAAUCUCUACUGAUACGACAGAUAACUCGGGAACUGAACACCAAAUUAUGAUGAUGGCAAAUAACCCAGAGGACUGGUUGAAUUUGUUGCUCAAACUAGAAAAAAACAGUGUCCCCCUAAAUGAUGCGCUUUUAAAUAAAUUGAUUGGUCGUUACAGUCAAGCAAUUGAAUCACUUCCUCCAGAUAAAUACGGCCAAAAUGAGAGUUUUGCUCGAAUCCAAGUGAGAUUUGCUGAAUUGAAAGCUAUUCAAGAGCCAGAUGAUGCACGUGACUACUUUCAGAUGGCCAGAGCAAACUGCAAGAAAUUUGCCUUUGUGCAUAUAUCUUUUGCACAGUUUGAACUAUCACAAGGUAAUUUUAAAAAAAGUAAACAACUUCUUCAUAAAGCGAUAGGAUGUGGAGCAAUACCAACAGAAAUGUUGGAAAUUGCCAUAAAGAAUUUAAACCUCCAAAAAAAGGAGCUGCUUUCAGAGGAAGAAAAGAAGAAUUUAUCAGUAUCCACAGUUUUAACUGCCCAAGAAUCAUUCUCCACUUCACAUGGACAUUUACAGAAUAGGAACAUCAAUUGUGAUUCUAGAGGACUGGCUACUAAGCCCAGGUUUUUAUAUGGAGAGAACAUGCCCCCUCAAGAUGCAGAAAUAGCUCAUUUCAAUCCUUUGAAACAAAUAAACAAAGCCAAACAGUCAUGCCCGUUUGGAAGAGUCCCAGUUAACCUUCUAAAUAGCCCAGAUUGUCAUGUGAAGGUGAAUGGUUCAGUUGUACCAAGUUUUACAAAAAGACAGAUCUCUGGAUCAGAAUGCCGAGAUUUGAGUGUACCUGGAUCUAAAUCAAGUGGAAAUGAUUCCUGUGAAUUGAGAAAUUUAAAGUCUCUUCAGAGUAUCCAUUCCAAGGAGCAUCUGCUGUCAGAUGAGAAAAGUUCUGAGCUUACUGCAAAUUCAGUAACCCUGAAGAAUAAAACUGAAUCAAGUCUUCUAACUAAAUUAGAAGAAACUGAAAGACCUCAAGAACCAAAGGUUUCAGAAAGUAACCAGAAACAAUGGCAAUCUAAGAGAAAGUCAGAAUGUGUAAACCAAAAUCCUGCUGCAUCUUCAAAUCAGUGGCAGAUUCCAGAGAUAAUCCAAAUGGUUGAGACAGAGCAGAAACAUACCACUUUUGAGCAACCUACCUUUUCAGUUUCAAAACAGUCACCACCAAUAUCAACACCUAAAUGGAUUGAUCCCAAAUCUGUUUGUAAGACACCAAGCAGCAAUACCUUGGAUGAUUACAUGAGCUGUUUUAGAACUCCAGUUGUAAAGAAUGACUUUCUAUCAGCUUGUCAGUUGUCAACACCUUAUAGCCAACCUGCCUAUUUCCAGCAGCAACAGCAGCAAAUACCAGCUACAUCACUUCAGACUUUGCAGAUUUCAGCAUCUUCUUCAACAAAUGAAUGCAUUACCAUUAAAGGAAGAAUUUAUUCCGUAUUGAAGCAGAUAGGAAGUGGAGGUUCAAGUAAGGUAUUUCAGGUGUUGAAUGAAAAGAAACAGAUACACGCUAUAAAAUAUGUGAACUUAGAAGAAGCAGAUAACCAAACUAUUGAUAGUUACCGGAAUGAAAUAGCUUAUUUGAAUAAACUACAACAACACAGUGAUAAGAUCAUUCGACUUUAUGAUUAUGAAAUCACAGACCAGUAUAUCUACAUGGUAAUGGAGUGUGGAAAUAUUGAUCUUAAUAGUUGGCUUAAAAAGAAAAAAUCUAUCAAUCCUUGGGAACGCAAGAGUUACUGGAAAAAUAUGUUGGAGGCAGUUCACACAAUUCAUCAACAUGGCAUUGUUCACAGUGAUUUGAAACCUGCUAACUUUCUGAUAGUUGAUGGAAUGCUAAAGCUAAUUGAUUUUGGGAUUGCAAACCAAAUGCAACCAGAUACAACAAGUAUUGUGAAAGAUUCUCAGGUUGGCACAGUUAAUUAUAUGCCUCCAGAAGCGAUCAAAGAUAUGUCCUCCUCAAGAGAGAAUGGAAAAUUAAAAUCAAAGAUAAGUCCUAAAAGUGACGUUUGGUCCUUAGGAUGCAUUCUGUAUUAUAUGACUUAUGGGAAAACACCAUUCCAGCACAUAAUUAAUCAAAUUUCUAAAUUACAUGCCAUAAUUGACCCUAAUCAUGAAAUUGCAUUUCCUGAUAUUCCAGAGAAAGAUCUUCAAGAUGUGUUAAAGUGUUGUUUGAUAAGGGACCCUAAAAAGAGAAUAUCCAUUCCUGAGCUCUUGGUGCAUCCGUAUGUUCAAAUUCAAACUCAUCCAGGUAACCAGAUGAGUAAGGGAACUACUGAAGAAAUGAAAUAUGUUCUGGGCCAACUCGUUGGUCUGAAUUCUCCUAACUCCAUUUUGAAAGCUGCUAGAACUUUAUAUGAGCAGUACAGUAGUGGUGAAAGUCAUGGUUCCUCUUCAUCAUCCAAUCCUUUUGAAAAAAAAUGGGGUAAAAAAUGAUUUGCAGCUACUCAUGGACUGUGAAAUAACACUUGUAAAAUAUAUUGGACUGGUGGACUCUUGAUUCUCUUUGGAAAUCUACUCUUGAAGACUGCUUCACUCUGAAACGUUAUCAGCAGAAAAAUUCAGUAGAUUAUCCCCAAAAGAAGACUAUAAAAAUAACAACCACUAAUAGCACUGUAUAUAUUAUAUUGUAGAAUUGUUUUCCUCUGUUCUGUGUUUUCCUAUAAAUGUUAUCUAUUUGUCAUUUUACAUUUGCAGUAGUGGGGACAACUGAAAUAUAUUCUAAAGAACUAUGUAAAUAAAGCUUUGUAGCAUAAAAUGACACUAAAA